CGUAUCUGGCAUUCGUUCAGUCGUCUUGCCAACACGUGUUUGGAACAUUGGCCGAGAAACCGGCAGGGUUCAACUCCAUAUGAAGUGACUUCGUUUAAUUUGUUCAAAUUGUGCAUCGACAGAGGUAGCUAGAAGGGUACGGUGUUUCGAGAAGCUGAAGUUGAAGCAAACGGAAAUAUGAAAAGAAAUACAGAGUGGUGUAUAGUAACAACAUUCCUCGCCGUGUUGAUACUAGAAACAAACACAGUGGAUGGAAAAAAUAUUACAUCAGGAGAAUCCUUAGGAAAUGCAGGAAACAAGGAGAAGGUUUCAGAUCUAGAAGGAUCAGAAACUACAUACAGCUUCAGUAAUGUAAAUAAUUAUAGAGAUACAUACGGUUCUUUACCUUUUACAUAUACAGCCCCUUCUGGAUAUUCGUCGUUGUAUUCUUACCCCAGUUUCUCGUAUGGUUCUUCACUGAAUACGAAUUAUGAUAUCCAUCGAGACAUAUCAUGCGGAGAUCGAUUUCCGCGUAUCUGCGAAAAAUCGCGAUAUAGAUCAUUCGAUGGUUCAUGCAAUAAUCUUCACAAUCCCACCUGGGGUAUGGCAAACACCAGAUACGGACGACUUCUCCCAGCAAAUUAUGGAGACGGUGUACGAUCGCCAACGAUUUCAGUGACUGGAACAAAAUUACCACUUUCUCGUAUGGUCAGCUACACCAUGUUUCCACAUGUCGACAUUAACGAUCCAAUAUGGACACUAGCAGCAAUGCAAUGGGGCCAAAUUAUUACCCACGAUAUGGGGUUGAUCGAUGGAACCACCCAAUCAAAACCACACGCGACACAGUGCUGCACCGAUGAUGGACAAUUAAUUCACCCAUCGCAGAGUGCCGAACAAUGUUACCCCAUUCUUAUUCCUUACGACGACCCUGUAUUCAGCAAGGCCAACAUAAGAUGUCUCAACUUCGUUCGUAGUACAACUGAUCUUGACCAUGGCUGUUCCUCGCACUCCAAACCAGCAGAACAGUUAACCAUCGUUACACAUUUCAUGGAUCUUUCACUGGUUUACGGAUCCAGCGAUCAAGUAGCAAAUAGCUUGAGAGCUGGAGCCGGUGGUCGUUUAAACGUGGAUGUCAGGGAUAAUAGGGAAUGGCUUCCUGCAGCGACAAACAAGAGUCAAUCUUGUGACAACACGGAUUAUGAUGAAGUUUGUUAUCAAGCUGGUGACACUCGCGUCAAUCAGAAUACCCAGCUGACCGUUUUACAGAUAAUAUUACUUAGGGAGCAUAAUCGUAUUGCCGAUGCUUUGGCUCAUUUGAAUCCACACUGGACAGAUGAAACAAUUUUCCAAGAAACUAGGCGAAUCACAAUCGCGGAGCACCAACACAUUUCGUAUUACGAAUGGCUGCCAAUAUUUUUAGGUACCGAAGCCACGUAUGGUAACAAAAUUUUGUACGAUACAAAAGAUUACGUGAACGAUUAUGAUCCAAAUGUGGAUCCAAGUAUUUUGAACGAACAUUCGACCGCAGCUUUCAGAUAUUUUCAUUCUCUUGUCGCUGGUUUUCUUAAUUUGGUGAAUGAACACCGAUAUUCGAACGGUGCUGUGAGGCUCAGCGAUCAUUUCAACAGACCAGGAGUCAUCGAAGAACACGAUAAUAUGGAUGCUCUAACGAGAGGACUGUCUUUCCAGCCUCAAAAAGCCAAUGAUCAAUUUUUCGAUCUCGAGAUUACCCAAUAUUUAUUCAGAAACGGAAGGCCAUUGGGAUCCGACCUUCGAGCUACGGACAUUCAAAGAAAUCGCGAUCACGGUCUCGCGUCGUACAACAGUUUCCGGGAGUAUUGCGGUCUGCCUCGAGCGAAACACUUCGCCGACUUCACGGAUUACAUUUCUCCUUCGAACGUGGAAAAGUUAUCGCAGCUGUAUGCCAGCCCCGAUGACGUCGAGAUAACUGUUGGAGGAUCAUUAGAACGACACGUGCCUGGAACACUGACUGGUCCCACCUUAUUAUGCAUUCUUAUUAGGCAAUUUUAUAAAACACGAGUGGGUGAUCGCUUCUGGUAUGAAAGAGGUGAUCAUGAUACAGCCUUCACUAUAGAACAAUUAAACGAAAUUCGAAAGGCAAGUAUAUCCAGGUUAUUCUGCGAUAACGGUGAUCACAUCACAAAAAUGCAGCCAAGGGGAUUCGAACAAGUAUCUUCAUCUAAUCCCAUCGUAAAUUGUGAAAACAUUCCAUCGUUGGAUCUCUCGUUAUGGAAAGACUAUGCACCCGAACUGGCGAAACAUCAAAGUAUACCAUUCUCUCAUUACAAAAAAUAAUAUACGAUCAAUUGUUUUCGCAGAUUUUUGUUAUUUUAUUACCAAAUAUACGGUACAUAUUAGUUAAAUAUAAUUAGCCUGAUACACAAAAGUAUUGUUGAUUAAGAUAAUAGUUAAUAUAAGUUUGUUGGAAAAAAACUCUUACGAUGAAUGAAAUGAAUUAUUUUUUGUAAUGAUUUUGUUUGUUUAGGAGAUCAGGGGAUAUAAAAACGUAAGUACUUUAAUUUUUCCUUUCGCAAGGAAUUAAAUAAAUAAUAAUGAAGGAGUCGUUGAAAAGAUGAUAUGCUUAUCCUAAUUUUUAUUAUUAAAACGUUGUUUAUUCGUUUCGCGUACAAGUUAAAAUGAACGAAAAAUAAUUGCUAAUUAGCAUAAUCAGCAGAGAAAGAAAUGAAAAACAAGUGAUAAGAAAAUUGCACCUGCAAACGAUAUACAUUUCCUACUAAUUAUGAAUUAAUAUAGGUAAUAUCGGUGACUUCCAUUGUAAUCAUGGAGACAGUCGUACAAACAGCGAUAUCAAUCGGUGAUUGAUAAGAGAUUAAAGCUUCGAAUAAAAAUAACUCAGCUCAUAGGAACUCUUGACAUACUUUGAAAUAUUUCAAAUUCCAAAUUUUCAAUAAAUUCAGAACGAAUGACUGUAAAUUGGCACAAAAUCUAAGGAAAGAAUGAUUUAUUAAAGUCGCUAAUGUUUUAAUUUGUAACGUGAUACUAUUGCACGGUUUAUUGAACGGGUUAUCCAGUCACCGUUUAUUUGCAAAACAUUCUGGCGUAAAACGGAAUUUACGACUUAUCCCAACACGUUCAAUAAACUUUUGUUAUCUUACACGUGUUUACGACUGUCUGAACAACGUCCCCUAUUAGAGGCAGAAAUAUCAAUGAAUCAAUGCUUUGAAAGGGUUCAUCAGAAAAAAUUCUGAGCGAAAAUUUUUAUCAUUAACUUCUUCACACAGUCAAGUUUCAGAUAUAAAUGAACAAAAUAACAGACGUUUGCUAAUGUUUAUUUUUUAUUACGACUACUGAUGUAUUCCUCCAGUUGCUUCAGGAAAGAACUACCUUCGUUUGCAUGAAAAUUAAUAACAGAAAUUUUUCAUAAAUUGAUAAUGGCAUACCUUUAUUUUAUCACGGUAUUACAUUGACUGAUGAAACACGGUAGAUUCGUAUCUGAAGCUCGAUACUCUUUGUCGCUGAAGUUAGUACGCAAUUGUUAAAAAACAAAAACAAAUAAACAAAAGAUAAUUUGUGUAUAUGACAUUUGCAAUUUUAUUCUUUUAAUGGAUGGAAAAGUUGAUCGACUGUGAUUGACUGAAUUCAUUGUUUCUUUUAAAAGGAAAAAAAUACUUAAUCAGUUUAAACAAUUUCGUAAAGAUAAAGCGCAAUCACCUGAGGUGAUCAGCAUACAAGACUCAAGUUUAUCGUUGAAACUUGUAAUCAUUUUCGACUCUGUUAUGUCAAGAAAGAAUAAUU